AUGGCCUUCGCCCGCCGCGCCGGCGCCAGGCUGCUCGCGCUCCUGCCCCGGCCGCGGAGCAGGGCCUGCGCUGGGACCAUGGCACAGCCGCGCUGCUUCGCGCUCGAGCUCCCCGGCUGCGCCCUGGCGCACUUCGCCGUGGGCACCGCCGCCGAGGGCACCGCCGCCCCGGGCGCGCUCCCCGACCCCCGCGCCGCCGCGCUCCUGGGCCCCCCGGGCCGCAGCUACUCCCUGUGCGUGCCGGUGGCGCCCGGCAGGGACUGCGCGGCGCGGGUGCGGGCGGCCCGGCUGCACCAGCGCCUCUUGCAACAGCUGCGCCGCGGACCCCUUAAGCGAUGCCAGCUGCGCCGGCUGCUGUGCUACUGCCCGAGCGGCGGGGUGGGGGGCCUGCAGCAAGGCGUCCUGCUCCACGACCCCUGCGACAGCCCGGACACCAGGCGCGCGCUCCUCGCCCUGCUGGACUCUUAUGUGGAGGCCCCACGCCCGUGCCUGGGCGAGUUCAUGGGCGACCCGCGCCACCAGCUGUGGCAGCGCCCGUGGGAGCUGCGAGACGGCCAGGGGUGGCGUCAAGUGGACCCCGAGCCCGUCGUGUCCGCCCCGGAGCCCACACUGCACCCGGUGGUACCCGACCUGCCCAGCUCCGGGGUCUUCCCCCACCGGGAAGCUGCUCGGGCCGUUUUGGAGGCGUGCACGCCCUUCAUACCCGAAGCCCGAGCCAUGCUUGACCUGGUCAGCCAGUGCCCUGCACAGGUCCAGAAAGGCAAAUUCCCGGUCAUUGUCAUUGAAGGACUGGAUGCCACAGGUAAAACCACGGUGACCCAGGCAGUUUCGGAUGCGCUCAAGGCCGUUCUCUUAAAGUCGCCGCCUGCCAGCAUCAGCCAGUGGCGGAAAGUCUUCGAUGACGAACCAACCAUCAUAAGAAGAGCUUUUUACUCUUUGGGCAACUACAUCGUGGCUUCCGAAAUAGCCAAAGCAUCCGUCACAUCCCCGGUGGUUGUUGACAGGUACUGGCACAGCACGGCCACGUAUGCCAUCGCCACCGAGGUGAGUGGGACUGUCCACCACCUGCCGCCGGCCCAUCACCCUAUAUACCAGUGGCCGAAGGACCUGCUCAAACCUGACCUGGUCCUGCUGCUGACCGUGAGCCCUGAAGAGAGACUGAACAGGAUCCAGGGCCGGGGCCUGGAGAGGACCAGAGAGGAGACUGAGCUGGAGGCCAACAGCAUCUUUCGUCAAAAGGUGGAAGUGUCCUACCAGCGGAUGGAGAGCCCUGGCUGCCGCGUGGUGGACGCCAGCCCCUGCAGGGAGACGGUCCUCCAGACCGUCCUGAGCCUGAUCCAAAGCCACUGCAAGCAGUCAUAGUCACUCGGCCGGGACACGUCCACUCCACGUGAAGUUUGCUGUGUCCCAGCCCACGCCGGCUCAUGACGUCUCCCGACUUCUGUUGUAAGCGUGUCGUGUGGCGGGAAACGGGACCAGGCGUUUUACCUCCGUUACUGUGCUUGACUCCGACCGGCGGACCCACCGGGGUUGACUGGUCACCAUCCGGAGGGAAUUCGGAGAUUGCUUUCCUCCACGGACGGACAGCACUUUUCCUUGGAGUGCAUAUUUUUAAAUUUUAUUUUCUUUCUUUAAUUUUAGAGAGAGAGGAAG